ACUCUUCCUCGACGAAUUCAUCAAACAUCUCGAUCAUAUCCGGAAAAAUGGAAUCAAUGUCUAUGACUGACCAUGUUCGUGUUGUCCGUCACAACAAAAGAUUACCACAGUCUAGAUAUUCUCCUUACACUUUAGGAACUGAUCUCAACAAGGAGAAGGAGAAGCAGAAAGAGGAGGCUAUACGACUCGGAGUUGAGCUCUCGCUCUUUGUGGCUGAAGCAAUGUUCCUAUUAUCUGAUGACCAACGUUCUACGUUACACUUUUGUCUUUGCCUAUUGAAUAUUGCAGGUAAGAGAGACUAUGACGGUCCCGUGGUAGGAAGACUGGUUCAUGUUAUUCAAUAUGUGUUUGAAACAUAUAUCAAACCCAAGAAUGGAGUGUAUCAUGAUGAUGGCUUGUCGAUCCACUUUGAGCUGAUCAAAACUUGUCCACAGCAUUUUAAUUUUGGAGUACGUCUCUUGAAUCACAUUGUUUGGGGUCUCAAAAAUGGUGGUGUAGUGGAAUCGUAUAGUUUUGAUUACUACGACCAAGAGCUUAAGAAGCUAGAAGAGAAGUUGAGGUCUGCCAAGGAAUUUUCAGAGGCCAAUGGGUUUGUGAGGGAAGAGAUAAAGUCUAACAUUGUUCACUUGUGGAAUUCUCUCUUUGAAGCAACACCGGAAGUGAUAAACUCUAAUAAGCCUAUCCUUCUUGAGCUGUUUAGGCCUAUCGAGAAAGAAGUUUGCUGUCGUCGUCUUGCUUCUUUACUCAUAUGAAUCAGAAUUUCUUUUAUCGAUUAGAUGAUUUUAAUUU